AUGUUUUUUGGUGGUGCUUAUUCUGAAGCUAUAGCUAAAUUAGUCAAAGAAUGUACUGAUAAUGGUAUUCAUGUUGUAGCUACAGCUAGCAAUAAUUAUAGUGAUGCAUACUUAGUAACUCCAGACACUACUCCUUUAGCUAUUACAGUUGCUGCUUCUAAUAAAUCAGAUCAAAUAGCUAAUUUUUCAAAUUAUGGAUCAUGUCAAUAG